AUUCAAGGCUGCAAGCUCGCUUUUGCUGAAUGGUUAGGUGUCACAGAACAAGUGUAAUGAUCAAGUGUCAUUGUUUGAGGUUAUUUUUGUAUCCGUGUUGAGCGUAAUGGUGAUUACCGGAAAAUGAGAUCCAUUAUUGAGCUUGCACUCUAUAUAGCAGUCUAUUUGAAAUACAGUGAAUGUCUUGUGCUGACUGCAGCAAAUAAAACCACGGAGCCACAGCAGGAAUAUAGGCCUGAAGGACCUCUUGUAAUGUGUAAAUAUUUACCCAAGGAAUUUAUCGAAUGCGAAGAGCCCAUUGACCAUAAAGGAAACAAGACCGCAAAAGAAGAAACUGGGUUCGGAUGCGUAAAGUUUGGUGGUUCACGUUACGAGGAUGUGGAAAAGACCAAAGUAUCUUGUACAGUUUUACCAGACAUUGAAUGUUACGGGCCACGUACAUUUUUUCGCGAAGGAGUCCCUUGUAUAAAAUAUAGCGGCCAUUACUUUGCUACCACUUUAUUAUAUAGUAUUUUAUUAGGAUUUCUAGGUAUGGAUCGAUUCUUCCUUGGUCAGACUGGGACUGCGGUAGGUAAAUUGUUGUCACUAGGUGGCAUAGGUGUUUGGUGGGUCGUAGAUGUCAUUUUGAUAGUGACCAACUCUUUAUUACCUGAGGACGGAAGUAACUGGAAUCCCUAUGUAUAAUAUUUAUAUUACGUCUCAUUUUUUUAUAUUUUUAUAAAAAAUGUAUUACAUGUUAGAUAGUUUUAACUAAAUUUCAAUGAAAUCAUAAUUUUUUCUGAAAUGGUCAUUGCUUUUAGAAAAUUUUGUUAUGCUAUAUUAUUUCUCUAAAUUCUGGUGACAUACAACAUGAAAUCAGAAUUUUCCUUAGAACGAUAAGUUAAUUAAAUUAUUAUUAGUAAAUUAUUCAAAUGAAUUAAUUAUGCAAAUUGAACAUAGAAUUGUACAUCUGGUAGGAGGAAUAUUGAAAGCAUACCUGUCAUCAUUUUUUACAAAUUAUUUUAUUAUAACUCAUAAUCAUCAGGAUGGUAUAGUUCACUUAAAAGCCUGUAAAUAUAUGAAGGAGCAUUUCCACCUCUGAAAAUAAAACAAGUAAUUCAAUUACCUGGUA